AUGAAUCCAAUGGCUCAGUUGUAUUAUAAGAAAGUGAGCUACUCUCCGUACCGAGACAGAAUCCCUCUGCAGAUUGUACGGGCUGAGGUGGAUCUCUCUGCUGAGGAGAGGGCCUACCUCACUGCCGUUGAGAAAGGGGACUAUGUUGGCGUGAAGCAUGCGUUGCGUGAGGCGGAGGUAUACUACAACAUGGAUGUGAACUGUCUGGACCCUCUGGGGCGGAGCGCGCUGCUCAUCGCUAUCGAGAACGAGAACCUGGAGGUGAUGGAACUACUUCUGGACCACGGGGUUGCUACGGGAGACGCCUUGCUCUACGCCAUACGGAAAGAGGUGGUGGGGGCCGUGGAGGUGCUGCUGUCUCAUAGGAGACCUGGUGGAGAGAAACAGGUCCCAUCCCUGAUGAUGGACAGUCAGUUCUCAGAGUUUACUCCAGACAUAACUCCAGUCAUCCUGGCAGCUCACACCAACAACUAUGAGAUCAUUAAACUACUGGUCCAGAGAAAAGUCACAAUUCCCAGACCCCACCAGAUCCGAUGUGACUGUGUCGAGUGUGCCUCCAGCUCAGAGGUGGACAGCCUACGUCACUCCAGGUCUCGUCUGAACAUCUAUAAGGCGCUGGCCUCUCCCUCGCUCAUCUCUCUCUCCAGUGAAGACCCCAUCCUCACGGCCUUUAGACUGGGCUGGGAACUCAAAGAACUCAGCAAGGUGGAGAAUGAGUUUCGUCAGGAGUAUGAGGAGCUGUCUCAGCAGUGUAAGCUGUUUGCUAAAGACCUGUUGGACCAGGCUAGGAGCAGCAGAGAGCUGGAGACUAUACUGAACCACAGAGAUGACAGUGAAGAACUGGACCCUAGAGAGACCAGCCAUGACCUGGCCAAACUCAAACUGGCCAUCAAAUACCAACACAAAGAGUUUGUAGCCCAGCCUAACUGCCAACAACUCCUAGCUACUCUGUGGUACGAUGGGUUUCCUGGCUGGAGGAGGCGACACUGGGUUGUCAAACUGGGGACCUGUUUCAUCAUAGGACUGCUGUUCCCUGUCUUCUCAAUGAUCUAUCUCCUAGCCCCUAAGUCUGCCUUAGGUGUGUUUGUGAAGAAACCCUUCAUCAAGUUUAUCUGUCACACAGCAUCGUACCUGAACUUCCUCUUCCUCCUCCUCCUCGCCUCACAACACAUCGCCCGGACUAACCUACAUAUGCAGGGCCCUCCUCCUACUGUGGUUGAAUGGAUGAUACUACCCUGGGUACUAGGUUUUAUCUGGGCUGAGAUUAAGGAGAUGUGGGAUGGAGGUUUUACAGACUAUAUACAUGACUGGUGGAACCUGAUGGAUUUUGCUAUGAACUCCCUCUACCUGGCUACUAUAUCACUGAAGAUAGUGGCUUAUGUUAAGUACAACUCUUCCCGUCCUAGAGAAGAGUGGGAGAUGUGUUGUCACCCUACCCUGAUAGCAGAAGCAUUGUUUGCUAUAGCUAAUAUCUUCAGUUCUCUACGACUCAUCUCCCUGUUCACAGCCAACUCCCACCUGGGACCUCUACAGAUCUCACUGGGACGGAUGCUGCUGGACAUACUCAAGUUCCUCUUUAUAUAUUGUCUGGUGUUGCUUGCGUUUGCCAACGGUCUGAAUCAGCUGUAUUUCUACUACGAGACGAAGGCCUCAGACGAACCCAACAACUGCAAGGGCAUCCGCUGUGAGAAACAGAAUAACGCUUUCUCAACGCUAUUUGAGACUCUCCAGUCUCUGUUCUGGUCCGUCUUUGGCCUGUUAAACCUGUAUGUGACUAACGUUAAAGCUCGUCAUGAGUUCACUGAGUUUGUGGGGGCCACCAUGUUCGGAACCUACAACGUCAUCUCUCUGGUGGUUCUGCUCAACAUGUUGAUCGCCAUGAUGAACAACUCCUACCAACUCAUCGCUGACCAUGCAGAUAUAGAGUGGAAGUUUGCCCGGACCAAGUUAUGGAUGAGUUAUUUUGACGAGGGUGGUACUCUGCCCCCUCCCUUCAACAUCGUCCCCAGUCCUAAGUCAGUGUGGUACCUCUGUCUGUGGGUUCACCAUCGACUCUGUAGGAGAGGAGCGCCCCCUGCUGACGACACAGACAAACACCACGACCUACGAAAGUUCCCGGAGCAUCAUGCAGACAGCCUGAUACAGAACCAGCAUUAUCAGGUAUUUUUGUUACAAAUGAAAUUGUGA